CAGAGCAACAUACCUCCAGCCCCGCGCUGCUCCAGGGCUGCAGCGGUUAAAAGCCGCCCCGAAGAGCGGCCAUGCCGGCGGGCUCCAGCCAUCUGCCGGAUGGAAGGGAAGGAUACGCCCCCUAAGCGCACUUUGGGCUAAAAAAUGGAUAACUCCUUUGUGGAAGAAGUGGCUGCAUCACUGGUGAGGGAGUUUCUCAGUAGAAAGGUAACUUGUCUCGCUUUUCUCCAGCUAGUACAAAUGAGAAUGACACAGGAAAAAUGUUAAAGUGGUAAAAAGAUUGAGGACAGCUGGGAGGGGGGACUUCUUCCAGCCUGGAAGCAGCCGGAGCGAACCGUAACGAGCCUCUCGGGGAUUGAAGAAAACCAUCACUACCAUGGACCGGGAGCUUCCACGUUCUGCACUGAGCAUCAAUAACAGGAAUGAACUUCGAAACGUCCUACAUCUACACUCCUUGUACAAGCAGAACAAGGCAAAGGAGAACCCACUGAAAACACUUCUUGAAAUUAUUACUAAUUACUUCCUUGAGCACCGUGGGACUUCCCGAGGCAUCAGUUCAAGUUCUGCUCUUUCGGCUCUGCAAAGUAAGAGCUCAACAUCUCAUCCCCCUGACAUCUUGGAUGAAGACCAUCUGCGGGGGAACGCCACCACGCUUGAUGAAAGUGAAACUCAAGCCUACAGAUACGAUGUUGAGAAUCCAACAGAUAAAAUCGUUCCAUCCAGAAAACAUCAGCACAAAAGUGAGAAAUGCCACACAGGGACAAUACACAACAGCCACGUACCCUCUGAUGGGGAUAAGAAGUUAAAAGAUAGUCGAGAAGAUUUAAAAGCAGUGAUGAUUUCUGAGGAGCUGAAAUCCACACUGAAGGAGAAGCCAAAGCUCAGGUCUGGUCUCGUUGUCAGAGGAAUGAUGGCUGGACCAGUAGCCAGUUCCCCAGAGGAUCUGCAAAAAAGGAGGCUUUCAAAACGAUCCACUAGUGUAAGCAGCACAGCGCAGCUCAAGGGUGAAGAACAUGAAGAAAAUGACCUGAGUGUCCCAAGUACUGAUUUUCAGGGAAGUAAAGGAUCUUCAACACAAGUAAAUAUGAAGCUGGCAUCAAAGACUGUGUCAAGCUCACACACAAGUUCAGCCUCUGAAAAACUAAGAAACAUCCCCAAAGAUACAGAUGACUCUUUUGCCAAAUUGCUAUCUGAAAGAGAGAGGACCAAGACAGAAGAAAGAAAGUCAGUUCCGAGCUUUGGUACAGACAGCAAUGAAAAAAGCCUUAAAGUGAGUGCCUCUCACAGACAUUCAGGGACUGGGAGAGAGAAGAGAGAAAGGUCACUCAAGAAAAACGAAAGUCGAUUGUCAGGCCACAGGAAGUCUCCAACAUCCAAUUGCUCUAAAGAAGACCAGAUGAAAGAUGUUCUAGAAUUAGUUGAUGUUGAGGAUGAAGAAAGAGCUGGAGAAGUUAGUAAGAACCCGGAUCUUUCAACACUGUAUAUGCUUCAAGUAGUAUCAAAGGCAAUUGAUAUUUCUCUUGCAAAAGAAUUAAAAAAUCUUUUGUUUGGCUCCAGUCUUUGUUGCUUCAGUGAAGAAUGGAAAAUACAGAGUUUUACUUUUAAUAACACACCUCAGUUAAAAUAUGGCAUUGUGCAAAAAAAGGGUGGGCCAUGUGGAGUAUUGGCUGCAGUUCAAGCUUGUGUCCUACAGCAGCUUAUCUUUGCAGACAGUAACAGGAAUAAAGACACUCGUUGUCUUCAGCCUUCAGAAGUUCACAGGACCAAAUGCCUCACCAUGGCUAUUGCAGAUAUAUUGUGGCGUGCAGGAGGCAAUGAAAAGGCAAUUGUGGCACUGCCAUCAGGAAGACAGCAGUUCACUCCCGUAGGAAAAUACAAGGCAGAUGGAAUCUUAGAAACUCUAAUACUACAUAGCGCCACGAGAUACGAAGAUCUGAUUGUAUUUCUGCAGCAGAAUAUUCACCAGUUUGAAACUGGUCCCUGUGGGUGCAUCCUUCUGACGGUGUCUGUCAUCUUAUCAAGAUCUAUCAACCUGGUGCGCAAUGAUUUUGAUGUACUGACGAACCGGUUGAUCGGCAGCCAUGGCUAUUGUACUCAGGAACUGGUGAACUUGCUUUUGACUGGCAAAGCUGUGUCCAAUGUUUUCAACAAUGUGAUAGAGCUGGACUCUGGAAAUGGCAACAUCACGAUUUUGAAAGGUAUCACAAGCCGCAGUGAUAUCGGUUUGCUGUCUCUCUUCGAGCACUAUGAUGUUUGUCAGGUUGGUUGUUACUUGAAGACCCCUAAAUACCCAAUUUGGUUGGUAUGCAGUGAAAGCCACUUCAGUGUGCUUUUUUGUUUGGAAAAGGAUUUACUGGGUGACUGGAAAACAGAACGGAGAUUUGAUCUAUAUUAUUAUGAUGGCUUGGCCAAUCAGGAAGAAGAAAUACGGCUAACGGUUGACACAACUCAGAUGUGCACUGGAGAUAAAGAAAAUGAUCUUACUCCUCCACUUGAGCAUUGUAUCAGGACAAAGUGGCAAGGAGCUGUUAUUGACUGGAAUGGCACAGAACCAAUCCUGUGACUGACCUGACCUGCACUUUAUUUGUAAAGACAGAAAGGAAAUGACUGAAUUAGCACAUUCCUAUUCCCACCAAUACAGGAAAUAGGACCAGAGUUGUGCAGUUUACGAUGAGGAAGAAUGACAUGGUUUGCAGGCUGGAAGAGUUUCACCUCAAUCACCUCGUGCUUCAGAUAUUUUGCUUAUAAUAUAAACAACACUUACGUAAAUUCCUUGUCACUGCCUUUAAGAUACAGCUUCUGAGAGCAGACUGAGUUUCCACCACCAAAUCAAGGUUACAGAUGAAGCAGUGAAGUCGUCAACGUCCCCUUGAGGUCUCUUUCUGGAUCCACUCUGUAUCCUGCAAUUGUUUCAAAGCAUCUGAUGAAAGAUGCUAACCCCAGAUUUCUGUCACUGUUCAUGCCUUCUCUGUACUGACUAAGUCUUCAUCUACAAAACCCCAGUACAAGUAUAAAAUAUCAUCCAAGAAAUAAGUCUUCACUUCUUUACCUUACAUUAGUAAGUCCUGGUUUGCACUAAAGAGAUUGGCAACCAUAUGGGCUUUUCAGGUAAAGCCUGACCUAUACAAAAUUCUUGGGUCUUAAAAUUUGCUGUAAGGACUGUGGUUUGGUGUUACCAGAGUAAAAAUAAUACUAGUAUGUUCCUUAUACUGGGUGCAGUUGGUAUGUAACAGUGCCUCACACUGAUGUAGCUCAUUUUUCUUUCUGGAUGAGAGAAAGCUGUAUCAGUAUCUUUAUAUUUAUACCAUUGUAACAACCUAUACACUAGGGUUUAUUUACUCCAGAGUGAUAGAUAAGAUCUGUGGUUUGCUUCUUCAUAAUUAUGAGGAAACAGAAGAGCUGUUAGGUUUGAAAUUUAGAUGGUGCCUAUGUGUGAUAGAUGCCAUUUUUCAUGAUUACAUAAAGUGCAUGCACUGAAAUGAUGUAUCGUGGAGAGGUAUCACGAGGUACCAAAACAGCAGUUUGUACUCUGAAGUGAAUUCUUUAAGUGACAUAUUUUGGCAACACUUUACCAAAAUUGGAACAAGUUACUGAACUGAAGAUUGGAAAAAAUGCCUUGGAAAAAAGGCAGAUAAAUGGUGUUUCUGGAAUUAUUCCUCUUGAGAGUGAGUAUUUCAUGAGCUUAAGAAAAAACUUUUACCUUCUGAUAUUUAUCACCUUCUUCUUAGUCAGUAUGCAAACUCUGCUGAGUCCUGAUAAACUAGUAGCUAUAUCCAAAAUCAAUUUCCAACAAAACUUCAGUGUCCUACUGUAGUUAGUGUAGAGAUACCAAUCUGAUUGUGCAAAUACAAAUCUUAGGGAAUGAGCACUUGAGCUAGAUUUGGAAACCAACCUGAAUGUAAGCCACAACGGAGUUCCAGGAAGGUUUAGAUAGUCUUUGAAUUAACUGUCUCCCUCUUUGCUUCCCAAUCACAUCAAACUGCCUAUAUGCAUUAAAGCAUCUCAGAGUUUCAGUCAUUUUAAUUUUAUUUAAUUCAGUGUAAUGUAAUUUGUUUGCUUCGGAUCAGAUAGGCAAACUUAUUUAAACUUUGAGAGAUUAAGAUCUCCCAUUUAGGCUCAGAGGAAUCUGGUCUGAGCCCAUUCCUGCCUCUGCUACAGGGGUCUUACAUGGCCUUUGGCAAACCCUUUCAUUUCUGUGUAUGUAGGAAUAUGUUUGUACUGUCAGCUAUAGGUGGCCUCAAUAUACUGCCUUUAAGAUACCCUCAUCAUCCAUACUUCAAGCACUCCAGUUUCCCAGGAAGAGCUCAGUGUGAGCUCUGGGAAUGUGAGCUCUGGGAAUGGGAGAUCCCAAACUGCCAAAGAUGCCCCCAGAUCCAAAGUCUAUUCCUCCUGAAAUUUCUAUGAACUAUAGUCUACGCUUUGUUUCAUGAAGCAAAUACAGUUUGAUUUUCCCACCUACCUCACAGGGCAUCUAUAAUGUAAAAUAAGAUUUUAUUGCAGAAUGCAUUUGGACAGAAAGUAGUGUAGAGAUGAAAAAUGGAGGAAGAUUUUUGGAACCAGGUUUAACAAAAAAAUUCCUUUCUGGAUUUUUCAGUCGAGUAAACCUACGCCAUUUACUUUCAAGUACUGCUUUAAAGUAUGUCAGUUUGGAGAUAACCUUCCACCCCCUGAUAAAAGAGCAGCAAAGUCUUCAUCUGUAAAAGGAGGGAGCUGCCUUGUGACGGGCCAGAUUUCAUCUGAGCAAAAUACAGAUUCCUACAGAGCAGACGUGUUCAGAGGAGCUGUUCUGUGUUCAGAGGAGGGGAGAUAUCAGGGUGUGAUGUGUAUUUGCUUUGGGCUCCAGACUGCAGGAUGAGAAGAUGAAUAUAAAGGGAGCCCAAGAGGAUUGUCCCAAAUGGAUUUCACCCAUGAAGAUGUUAGAUUUUUUCAGGAUAUAAGAAAGAGUAUAGAUUAUUAAGUAGGUCUUGGAAAUAGACUGUGGUUUAUGGUUCAUAUUGGAGUAUAAAGGAAGAUGAGGAAAGAUCCUGAACUCUGAUCCUCUCUCUAAAACCGGCUGCAAAGAACUUUGAGGCUCCUUCAUCACUGCUUAUGGAGAGUACUUUUGUUGAAACUUAAUUUCUAUGACAACAGAACGUCAGUAAGACAGAUAAUUUUACCCAUUAUCUGUUAUUAUGCCCAUGGAUAUUUGUUCUGCAAAGCCCACUGUCCACCUGUCAUCUAUUUAAGGUUAAUAGAAUCCAGAUUCACCUGUGCCCUCACUCACAGAGGCAGAGAGCACUUGGACCACUUCACCAAACCACCACCUGUGUAGGAUAAUUCCCCUAAGCUGGAGAACUGAGAACCUCAGCGUUAUGAAGGUCCUUCCACCACCCUGGAGCCCAAAAGCAGUGUUUUCCUUCACCAGGAAGGACGAAAUAUAAAACUAGAACAUUCAUUGAGAUCUAAUUCCACUGCAGACAAAUGCCAGAGCAUUACCUCGGCCACUGCUUGCAUCAGAAAGAAGACUUGCAGAAUUUUAUUUGUUAUAAAGCACCAGAAGUUAUUUCCCUUAAGACUUUACAAGGCUUUGAGUCAAUCAGACAAAGCAAUGCAAAGUGUUAGAAGGCAGUGCAAAAACCUUUGCACAGAUCUGUGCACAAUCAUAUCCUCUUCCAGCAGCAUGCAUCUAUUUUUUUUAAUUAUGCUUUCCUCUUCAUUGUUUCUCCUUUUCUUUUUCAUUGUCCAAUGAAUGUGACUUCCUGAAAUGAACAAAGCAGCAACCAUUUUUGAUAAUUGAGCAUUAAAAGACACCGGUGGUGUUUGGCACUUGGUCUGUAUGUAUGUCUUAACGUCAUUCUCUUUUCUUCUGUGGUAUAAAAAAUAUACCCUAUGUUAAAAAUUGACCCCUUAGCUCACAACAGACAUGGCAUGUUGUGUAUGUAGAUGACUAUCUAAGCAGAGGUACUAUUUUGAAAAGGUGUCAUAUAUGUCACCUUUGUACAAAAUGUAUAUUUAACCUUGUCUUGUACACAAUGCCCCAAGCAAAUAAAACAUUUAAAGCUAUGGUUAUAA